GGGAGUGGCAACCCUGGAGCUAACAUGGGAAAUUGGUCAGAUUUUGUUUAUUAUCCAACGACAUGACAGCAAGGAUUAUCCAACGCUGUUUCCACACAUCCAUCUUCAGUCUCCUGGCUCGUGCUCCCCGUCGUGCCAAUCCUGGUCUGGGAUACCAGCUGCAGCAGCUACAGCAGGAGCACCCUUUGAAAACGAAUGAUGCUAGGGAAGAUUAUGCUGACUUGGAAUCGGAUUUCAUGGAUGUCCAGAAAACUCAUAGGCAACACGAACAAGAAAUAAAACAGCAUCGCGAUCGGAUCCGUCAGUAUAUGAUCAAGCAUAAGUACUUCAGGGAUGCAAAACUGCCAAACCUCCUGUUUCACGCCGAAAAAGAGCAGAUAAAAUUACUCCACCAACGAGAUCCCGAAGAAUGGAGUGUCGAACGGUUGGCAGAGAGUUUCCCGGCUACCCAAGAAAUUGUCGAAAAGAUUUUGCGUGCGAAAUGGCGUCCCAGAAGUGUCCAACGAAUCCGUACUCACGACGAAAGUGUAAUCCGGAAUUGGCAGCAGCUCAGACAUGGGAAAAAUACCUUCAAUCUGCCCCAAGCUCUUUUGGAGCAUCUGCAGAACUUUAGCGAAAGGCGGAAACAAGAUUUGAAGGAGUUUAAUCCUGAAGAAUGGCCCACAAAGUCACAAUUGCCUGUUCCCCAAGGCAACGAGUUUAGAAAACUACUUGGAAGUAAGAAUAACCCAGUUCAUGACCAGCCACAACCUCAACUACCAUCUGGGUACGAUCCUCCUGCCUCUGCCGCUGAGGAAGAAACCUAUCUGCUCGAUAAAAUUCGAAAUAAAAAGAAAAUGCGCCUGCAAGAGCUUAAGGAACUUAAUGUGGUAGAAUCAACCUCCGAAGCUAAGAUCUCCGUACCCGCCCUUCCGGAAAACCCCACGGGCACUGGAUUCCUACCCAGCUUUGUCCCCAAAUUUGAGAGUAGUGAGGUCGUUAUUAGUGCCGCAGACCAGCGUAAAUACGAGAUCACUCAGGUUAAGACUCAAAUUGUUAUUCCCCGAAAACUUCGUCGACCAGGAGCCACUUAUCGGGUGGAGGAUGCCUACUACGAUGACGAUGGCGAGCUCCUCUACCGUGUGCCAGGAAUGACGGGUUCGCAGUCAAGCCAUUAACGUUAGCACUUCCGUCUAAUUACCCGAAUUGGUUUUCCUUCAUGAUGUUGGUAUAUGGCUUUAAUUGAU